GAUGGAAAGAAGGGUUUUAGUGUGUUUCCUCAAGCUUCCCACACUACUUCCCUAUCCAUUGCCAACACAUUCUAGUUCGGCCUGACUUUGUAUUUUCAGUCAGCUCGAGAAAGCUCAUUGAGAUUUUUUCUUGGACAAAAGCCAAUCGAGGUAUUAAAAAAUGAGCGUCUCUGGACUGACCGGGAGUCCCUCAAGAUGUUGUCUUUGGCUACCUGACCGCAAUCAAGGGUUGGUAGUAUGCAGGAAAGUUUCGGCUAUUCCGAUUGCUGGCAAACCAAAUGAGAAAUUCAGCAAUCUUCGUCUUGCAAGGAAUAGUUGGACGGUUUCUAUCAGAAGGUGGAAGACACAGAAAACUCAUUUGAUCAAAUGUGCAAUGGAUGCGUCCUAUGGUGAUAUGGCUAGUGAAUCGGGUGGAUCAACUAUAUUUCCUAGGAUUAAUGUUCGGGACCCAUACAAACGGCUAGGAAUAAGCAAGGAGGCUUCUGAGGAUGAAAUUCAAGCUGCACGAAACUUCCUUAUUAGUAGAUAUGGGGGGCAUAAACCUAGUGUGGAUGCAAUUGAAGCAGCCCAUGACAAAAUAAUUAUGCAGAAGUUCUAUGAAAGGAGGAACCCAAAAAUUGACAUCAAGAAAAAGGUCAGGGAAGUCAAACAAUCCCGGGUUGUACAGGCUGUGACAAGCAGAUUCCAAACUCCACCCACCAAGGUCAUUGUAAAAACAUCCUUAGCAUUUUUAGUGCUUGGAGUUCUCACUGUUCUCUUCCCAACUGAAGAAGGCCCAACCCUGCAAGUAGCUAUAUCACUGUUAGCUUCCUUCUACUUCAUACAUGAUCGGUUGAAGAGCAAAGUCCGAGCUCUACUUUAUGGGGCUGGAGCUUUUAUGUUCUCCUGGUUGGUGGGAACCUUCUUGAUGGUAUCCGUGAUUCCACCUAUUCCUAUUCUUAAGGGCCCGAGGAGUUUUGAAGUGUUGACAUCAUUGAUAACCUAUGUGCUACUUUGGGUUUCUUCCACAUAUCUAAAGUAGUGCUAGAGCAUCAGGUUUCUUAUUAUAAGACUCCCAAUUUUGAAGUAGUGGAUAACCACAGAUUUUCUUUUUAGUAGCUCAUUGAGCAUGUUAUAUUAGCUUAUGAGAGCUGUCAUAUUUCUACUUUGAACAUUGAUGAUAAUUGUGCUGAAGUUAUCGCCCAAAACCACAGUUUGCUAGAAAAAAGAUUUGUGGGCAAAUUAUUUUUGUUUUGUGGUAAAAGAUGUAAAACCAGUUCAAAGUAAAGAUAGGUUGUUGAUUUUCUGAA